UCGUCGCGUCACAAAUAUCCCCUUCAAUCGUUUAAAUACGACCGAAACUUCCCGAUACAGUAUUCUACAACAGUCCUCUUACAAUUCAAGGCGCUAAGCUUGUGUCCUCUCUUACUGAAUCGUACGUUCGUCGCACAAAGAAGACCAGACCGACCACGAUGCCUGAGACGGUGACAGACUACGGCGCGUUCUUCGAGCAGAACGGGUACCUUCCCGGGGUGACUGUGCUGGAGGGGGAGGACCUGGCUGCCCUCAGGAGGAAUUUUGACGACCUGGAGAGCAAGAUCGGUAAGGAGAAUGCCCAGUACUCCCUGCACAACGCACACAUGCAGCACGAGUUCGCCAUGCAGGCCGCGGCCCACCCUACCGUGGUGAGAGUCCUGACAGACAUCCUGGGUCCGAACGUGUUCCUGCUGGACUCCCGCUUCAUCUGCAAGUACCCGGUCAGUCUGCUGUCCGGCGGGGCGAGGCCGGACGUCGAGCCGUACGUGGCCUGGCACCAGGACGUCAGGUACUGGGGAGUGGACGGCGGGCCUGUCGUGUCCGUGUGGCUGGCUAUAGACGACGCUGACGCCGAGAACGGAGCUGUUUACUUCAUACCAGGAAGCCACAAAGACGGUCUACAGGAACACGGCAGCGCACAGAAGGAGGGGAACAUGCUCACCUCCAACCAGGAAAUCCCCGCCGAGCUAGUGGACGAGUCCAAAAAAGUGCUGUGCCCUCUCAAGGCUGGACAGAUGUCCCUGCACCACGGGCUGACGGUCCACGCCAGCGAGCCGAACCGCUCCAGCCGGCGGCGCUGCGGCUUCGUGCUGCGGUACGUCCCGACCUGCGCCUACCCGUCAGACGACCCGGACCGGCCCCGCACCUUCCCCGCCACCGUGCUGGUCAGCGGGGAGAACAAGGAGGGGUACUUCGCGGACAAGGCGCCCGGCUUCUUCAAGAAAACCGCGUAAAGCUGGCCGAAGGAAAGGCCAAUUUCGGAUGAAUUUCAAUCGCCAUGUUUGAAAUUGGUCAAUAGCAAUUGUACCCUGGGAGCCAGACUAGGAUCGGGCUGUUAG